GUCGCAGGGCAGUCUGGGAGUUGUAGUUCGGCUUCUCCCCUGCGCUCGGCCGUCGGGCGGCCGCUCGGAGGAUGGACCCCGAGCCCGCGGCGGACGCGGGGCCACUGGUGGGCCUGGCCUGGUCGUCGGCCUCGGCGCCCCCGCCGCGGGGAUACAGUGCGGUCUCCUGCACCGUCGAGGGCGCGCCCGCCAGCUUCGGCAAGAGCUUCGCGCAGAAAUCCGGCUACUUUCUGUGCCUCAGCGUCCUGGACAGCCUCGAGGACCCGCAGGAGAAGGUGGUCGUCGACGUCCAGGUCCUGGUGGACAGGAGCCCCCUCCCGCCGGGCUUCUCCGCGGUCUGCGACCCCCUGGACCCCAAGGCCUCUGUGUCCAAAAAGAAGCGCCUGUGUGUGAAGCUGGUGCCCCUGGGGGCCGCGGACAAGGCUGUUGUUGACGUCCGCCUGAGUGGGAAGACCAAGACGGUGCCCGGCUACCUGCGAGUGGGGGACAUGGGUGGCUUCUCCAUCUGGUGCAAGAAGGCCCAGGCCCCGCGGCCGGCACCCAGGCCCCCCGGGCUCAGCCGGGACUUGCAGGGCCUCUCUCUGGGUCCCUCAGACCAGCCCAGGGGCGGCUCCCUGGAGCGGACGCUGUCCCGGCCGGGCUCACGGGCGCACUCACUGCGGAGGGGUGACUCCAUCUACGAGGCCUCCAGCCUCUAUGGCAUCUCAGCCAUGGAUGGGGUUCCCUUCGCGCUGCAUCCCCGAUUUGAGGGCAAGAGCUGCAGCCCCCUGGCCUUCUCUCUCUCCGCCGACCUGAACAUCAAGUCCCUGGCAGACAUCGAGGAGGAGUACAACUACGGCUUCGUGGUGGAGAAGACGGCCGCAGCCCGCCUGCCCCCCAGCAUCGCGUAGACCCUCGGCUGCCUGGGAGGGCCCCACCCACCACCCCAGCAGCACCCCCAGUCCGGCAGCCGUGGGGUCACUGGAGCGACCCAGAGCUCCAGCCCUGGAGAAGGGGUGGGGGCCGUGCGGGAGGUCAGUGCCUUCCAGCCCGUGUCACGUGCCCCCUGUGCCUGUGCGGGAGGCGGCCAGAGCGUCGCUGUAAUAAACGAGGUCUCGAGACCUGA